AUGAUGGCUGCCUUCCUUCUUUACUAUUGGCAGCAGGUCGAUUUCAAGCCCGAAGAGAGUUUGAUUUUCCGUAUCCUGUAUCGAUGCUCCAUACCAUCUAUAUUUAUUUGGAUUCUAUCAGGAUACUUUGUAAAGGACAUCAGUUCACCGAUCGGCAUAGCUGCGUACGCAGCACUUGAACGACCAGUGUAUUGCCUAUUUCUUGUCGUAGCUAUGUUUGGAUUUAUAAAAAAAGUUGACGGUAAGUACAUUUUAACAAUUUUAUAA